UGAUUAAGAAUUUGCUUCACCAACGUGGUAAUUAAUCGACUCAAAUAGUUGUCUAACGAAUACCGUUUCGACUCCUCUUCUCCAGAAAAAAGGUCUCGAAACGAGAGUAUGCAAUUUAGGGCUUUAGUUUAGCCACAAGAAGAAACCCAGUAAUGGCUUCCAAUAAUGAUGCCAACGACUCUGAAAAGCCACCUUCCUCGCCGAAGAAGAGUGUAUAUAAAGAUCCAGAUGAUGGUCGGCAACGCUUCUUACUUGAAUUGGAAUUCGUUCAAUGCCUCGCUAAUCCCACUUACAUCCACUAUUUAGCGCAGAAUCGAUAUUUUGAAGAUGAAGCAUUUAUUGGGUAUUUGAAGUAUCUCCAGUAUUGGCAACUCCCGGAGUACAUUAAGUUUAUCAUGUAUCCCCAUUGCCUUUUCUUUCUCGGGCUUCUCCAAAAUCCCAACUUUCGGAAUGCAAUGGCCCAUCCUGCCAACAAGGAAUUGGCACAUAGGCAGCAGUUCUAUUUUUGGAAGAACUAUCGAAACAACCGAUUGAAGCAUAUCCUUCCAAGGCCCCUUCCUGAACCUAGUGCUGCUCCAUCUAUUCCCACUCCAGUUCCACCUCCACCUGGACCACCUACAACUUUAUCUGCUCCUUCUCCUGGUCCUGUACCUUCUCCAGCAGCUUCAGCACUCUCUCCAAUGCAAUAUGCCAUUCCCUCUGGAUCUGCUUUUCCGAAGAAUGAUCCCAGAAACAGUGGGGUUGAUCGAAGAAAGAGAAAGAAAGAUGGAUGACACUACAUUCAUCUCUGAGCAACUGUGUUGUGCAUGGGAUAAACUAUUGAAGGUACUGAUAUCUUUACACUCUUGGGCUUGACUAGAUUGAGGUACAGUGCGUGUCCAGAUAAUUUCUUCAUCAAUUCUGAAAUUUCAGUAGGGUUCGUGCAAUGAAUAUGUUGUGAUGGUUAUGUAUUUUUCGGGUUUCGCAUUUGUGUACAUCUCUACUGGCCGGAGAGAAAGAACUAAAGAAUAUUAUUUGUUAUUCCCAUCUGUUCUCCAUGCUUGUUCACAUUCUGUUUUGUUUCCCAAAACUGUUAGUGCUUCUGCUGCAGAUCCAAAAGUUGAUGGUGAAAUAUGCCAAAUAAAUUUUUGUCAAUGAUGAUAAAUGCUGCUUCAUAUCACCUCUCAAAUGAGUACUGAGUGCAAUUUGUUGUUUGAGUGAGCAAAUAUCUGAGCUGCUUGGUUGGACAUUGCUCAUACAGAAAUCUGGUAAUGCACCCAACUUUAGUCCAUUUAACAGCAUAAUACCGAGAAAGCAUGUGAUUGUACAGAGAAUGGAAACGAGUGCGUCAGUUAUUUCAUCAUUGUUGGUAAAUAUUCGGAUUUAUAAGUUAUCUUUAAAUUUGAUUUUUAUGGAUGAUUGUCUGUUUUUGAAGUUAUAUUAGAAAACAGUAAGUAUUGAGUGCUCAAUUAAGUUUCAACGGUUGCUGCUACAUCGCACUUUCAGUUGGCAUGUUUCCUCUAAUAUUAGAGUUUCAUUAAGGUCUGAGUGCUCGUAAAUAGAUUCCAUUUUGUUUUUCUUGAUCGUUUAGGCUGCUUAGAACUCAAGAUGUAAUUGUUGGUUUGUCGUUGAGAACUUUCCGCGUGAUAUGUUAAAAAACAAGUGUUUACUUUUGAGACAAUACUACUACUAGAGCGAAGUAGUACACUGUGUCUUUUCACCUUUAGAGUUGAACAAGAAUUGUAAUAUUUGUGUACGCGAGAAGGCUAAAGUUCCCUUGUGCUCCUGUAUUUACGUUGCAGGUGAAUAUGGAUGGAUGGAUGCAGCACUCUCUUCCUGUUGCUUCUGAAAGCUUGUUAGCUUUUAGGAUCCUGGUUGGAGAGACAAGAUUAUUCAAAUGUGCUGCAAAUAAAAGCUGCCUUCUUGAAAAAACUGGACUCAGGCAAACAUCUGGUUGUGCUUAUUCUCCCUACUUUUUUGGGGCUUUCCAGUUGUACAGACGUAACAGAGCUGGAGCUAGUGUAACCUUAGUCCCAUUUGAAAUCUCAUUUUCUCGAUUCUGGUUCAUGGUUGCAUGAUUCAUUAACACCAUGUGUUGCAUUCCUUCCAUCAUCAGUACUCAAGGAAAGCCACGAAUAAUGAACAGAAUUUGACCUGAGAUUCGAACAAAUUGUAGAGAUGACUUUUACAAACUUGCCUAAAUUUUCCAAUUAUUAUUAUUAUUUUUUUUUUUGG